GUCAGUUCCUGCUUUAUCUUAUCACAAUGCUGCAAUGGCAAAACUCUUCUUCUCUCUGAAUAAUAUCACAAAAACCAUGGAGGCAAGCUUCGCUACGCCUUCAUCCGUCCUGCGACCACCGGUAUACUGCUCAAUAACCACUACGACAACAAUCCCAAUAUCCCCCAAAAUCGGUAGAUUACCUUUCUCUCUCCAAUUCCCGUUGAAAUCCACUUCCUCCCUUCACUUUCACCACUCUCUUGGUUCUCGAUCACCCUCAGCCUCCACCGGCCUGUGGCCUCCUUCCCGUUUUACUCCAACCGUUUUACUUGCGGCACCGGAGAGUCAGUUGAGUGUGGGAGACAGCAUUGAAACAAGGGAAUGGGCUGUGCAAGAUUUUUACUCCCUAAGGAGGGAUGUUGAAACUACUUCAAGACGCGUUGAAGAGAUUAGAGACUCUGCUGGUCUAAAGAAGUUGGAAGAUGAUCUUGCUGAUUUGGAGAGGGCAGCAGCAGAUAGCUCCUUCUGGGAUGACCGUGUUGGAGCCCAACAAACCCUUCUGGCACUCAAUGAUGUCAAAGACAAAAUGGGACUUCUGACUGAAUUCAAAAUCCAGAUUGAAGAUGCAGAAACAAUAGUUAACCUUACUGAGGAGAUGGACUCCAUUGAUGCUACACUUCUUGAAGAGGCUUCCGGCAUUGUAAGGGAAUUGAACAAGGCAUUGGAUCGUUUUGAGUUGACUCAACUGCUUUCUGGUCCAUAUGACAAGGAAGGUGCUGUUAUCUAUAUUACAGCUGGUGCAGGGGGUACUGAUGCACAGCCUUGGCACAACAGUAAGGUUGCUCCAUUGUGGCCUGAGAUCACAGGCUCAAGUCAGGAAACAGCCUCUUUGCUGAAUAGGGUGCAGGAUUGGGCUGACAUGCUUCUCAGAAUGUAUGUGAGAUGGGCAGAAAAGCAACGAUACAAAACAAGAGUGGUUGAGAAGUCCUUGGGAGAAGAAGCUGGGAUUAAGUCAGCAACAAUUGAAAUUGAAGGCCGUUAUGCCUAUGGAUAUUUGUCUGGAGAGAAAGGAACGCAUCGCAUUGUGCGGCAAUCUCCUUUCAAUGCAAAGGGCCUACGGCAGACAAGCUUUUCUGGUGUUGAAGUUAUGCCUCUUCUUCCUGAUGAAUCUAUUGAUGCUGAGAUACCUGAAGAAGACUUGGAAAUCAGUUUCUCGAGGGCAGGUGGGAAAGGAGGUCAGAAUGUAAAUAAAGUUGAAACUGCUGUCAGGAUUACCCAUAUCCCAACGGGCAUCGCUGUUCGCUGCACAGAAGAGAGAUCCCAACUAGCGAACAAGAUCAAGGCUCUGAGCAGGUUGAAGGCCAAGCUAUUGGUGAUUGCUGAGGAGCAACGAGCAUCUGAAAUUAGGCAAAUCAGGGGAGACGCGGUGAAGGCAGAAUGGGGCCAACAAAUAAGAAACUAUGUUUUCCAUCCAUACAAACUUGUGAAAGAUGUAAGGACAGCACACGAGACAUCGAACAUCAUUUCUGUAAUGGAUGGUGAAUUGGAUCCCUUCAUCAAAGCUUAUCUGAAGUACAAGUACAGUGCUGCCAUGUAGGUAGAUGGAAUAAAAUGUAAUUUUGCACGUAGACACUUCCUAUAACUGCUGUUUAGUUAUAUUGGCUCAUUUCCUCUCCCCACAGGAUGCAAAAUCUUUAUGUAUUUGUUUGUUUCUGUGAUGAAUGCCGUACCAGUGCUCGAGUUUUCUCCCCACUG